UAUAGCCCACGAUAUGUAGAAGCCGCAUGGUAUGCUUGGUGGGAAAAGGAAGGUUUUUUUAAACCGGAAUAUGGCAGAAAAGAUAUAUUAGAAGAAAAUCCAAAAGGAAAUUUUGUAAUGAUAAUCCCACCACCUAAUGUAACUGGUUUCUUACAUCUCGGACACGCUCUGACUAAUGCUGUAGAAGAUGCUAUUACUAGAUGGAACCGUAUGAAAGGGCGUACGACACUCUGGAAUCCAGGUUGCGAUCAUGCAGGUAUCGCCACUCAAGUGGUCGUAGAGAAAAAGUUGUGGAAGGAAGAAAAGAAAUCUCGUCAUGAUAUUGGUAGAGAAGAAUUUAUUAAGAAAAUUUGGCAGUGGAAGUAUGAAAAAGGCGAUAGAAUUUAUUCACAGUUGAGAAAGAUAGGUGGUUCCUUCGAUUGGAGCCGUGCUUGUUUUACAAUGGAUUCUAAAUUAUGUAAAGCCGUAACAGAAGCAUUUGUGCGUUUGCACGAUGAAGGUAUUAUUUAUCGCAGCAAUCGUUUAGUUAACUGGUCUUGUGCUUUAAAAAGUGCGAUUUCAGAUAUUGAAGUCGAUAAAGUGGAAUUAAAUGGGCGGACUCUUUUUUCUAUACCUGGCUACGAAAAGAAAGUAGAAUUUGGGAUUUUGGUGUCGUUCGUUUAUCAGCUCCUUAAUUCAGAAGAUAAAAUAACUGUGGCGACCACUCGUAUUGAAACCAUGUUAGGAGACACCGCUAUUGCGGUACAUCCAAAGGACAGUAGAUAUAUUCGAUAUAUUGGAAAAUAUGUACAGCAUCCGUUUUGUGACAGACAUAUACCUAUUAUAGCAGACGAGUUUGUCGAUAUGGAAUUUGGCACAGGUGCUGUAAAGAUUACGCCAGCUCAUGAUCCGAAUGACUAUGAAGUUGGAAAGAGGUACAAUUUGCCAUUCAUCAAUAUUUUUGAUGAUGAUGGAAAUAUUAUUGGAGAUUAUGGAAAAUUCACGGGAAUGAAAAGAUUUGAAGCCAGAGUGGCUAUCAUUAAAGAGAUGACAAAAAGAAAUCUGUUAAUCGAUGUAAAGGAUAAUCCAAUGGUAAUACCUAUAUGUAGUCGAUCGAAAGAUGUCGUCGAACCUCUCAUAAAACCACAAUGGUAUAUUAAAUGCGACGAAAUGGCUGCACAAGCUAGGGAAGCGGUAAACACGGGUGCUCUGAAAAUAAUUCCAGAACAAUUUAAGAAAACUUGGUAUAUUUGGAUGGAUGGUAUUAGAGACUGGUGUAUUUCGCGUCAGCUCUGGUGGGGCCAUCGGAUUCCUGCUUAUGCAAUUAAAUUUAUCAAUUCUUGUGAGAACAUGAAAAAGAUAGAUGAAUAUUGGGUAAGUGCGCAUUCUGAGGCUGAGGCUAGAGAGAAAGCGGCUAAGAAAUUAAAUGUUAAUGUAAACGACAUUAUUGCGGAGCAAGAUCCCGAUGUAUUAGACACUUGGUUCUCUUCUGCUCUUUUUCCAUUUUCCAUUUUUGGUUGGCCAGAUAAAACCCCUGAGCUCAAAGCAUUUUAUCCUGGUACACUGUUAGAAACUGGCCAUGAUAUACUCUUUUUUUGGGUUGCCAGGAUGGUCUUUAUGGGCCAAAAAUUAUUAGGACGGUUGCCUUUUAAGGAAGUAUAUUUGCAUGCAAUGGUGAGAGAUGCGCAUGGAAGAAAAAUGAGUAAAUCUUUGGGAAAUGUAAUAGAUCCUAUGGAUGUGAUUGAAGGAAUAUCUUUAGAAGAUCUUCAAAAACAAUUGUUAGAUUCGAACUUGGACCCAAAAGAAUUGGAACAAGCUCGAGAGUGUCAAAAACGUGAUUAUCCGCAAGGCAUUCCCGAAUGUGGAACGGAUGCUCUGCGAUUCGCGCUUUGUGCUUACACCACCCAAGGACGAGAUAUAAAUCUUGAUAUACUUCGUGUACAAGGAUACAGAUUUUUCUGCAAUAAAAUAUGGAACGCUACAAAAUUCGCACUUGUCUAUCUUGAAUUUCAAUUUAAAUACAACGCAAAUGAUAGGAAAUUGAAUAAUGCUUGUAUUGACGUGAUGGGAAAUGGCAAGUGGUACCAGUGGACUUUGAACGAAUCGUGCGUGCAGAAGGCGUUAAAUAAUUACCUGGCUGAUUAUUCGUAUCUCGAUGGUCAUACACCUUCGCAACUUGAUCUAUCGGUUUAUCAAUCAUUGAAAGAAUUGAACAUUGAUUUCGCAAGGCAUCUACAUAUUAAACGUUGGUAUAAUCAUAUCGCGACAUUUACAGAUGAAGAAAAGGCUGUAUUUCGUGCGGAACAAAAUAAAAUAAUGCCGAAACUUGCAUACAUUAAUCAGAAUCAAACCAAUAAUGAUGAUACAUUUGAGCUAACUGGGAAUGAGACAAAUGUGGAUUUAUGGAUGUUAUCGCGUGUUAGUUAUGCUGCCGGAACUUGCGACGAAGCAAUUAAACAGUAUGACUUUGCAUUAGCUACUACUAGCUGUUACAAUUUAUGGUUAUACGAUCUGUGUGAUAUUUAUCUGGAAUAUCUUAAAACAAUUUUCCAAAGUGAAGAUAACGCGGCUAAGUUAGCAGCUCAAAAAGUAUUAUUUAUAUCACUGGACGUGGGAUUGCGUUUAUUGAGCCCAUUUAUGCCGUUUAUAACAGAAGAAUUGUAUCAACGUUUACCUCGUAAAAAGUUAAUAUAUCCAAGUAUAUGUGUAAGUCCGUAUCCGGAUGUUGUCAAGUGUUGUUGGAGAAAUCAAGAAAUUGAAAAGGACGUUGAUUUUGCGCAAAAAAUAAUUAAGAAUAUUCGAUCUGCUCGCGCGACUUAUAAUUUAUCUAAUAAAACGAAAACCGAAGCGUAUGUCACGUGUAGCAACUCAGCAUUAAAGGAAAAAAUUAUUCGAUAUAAAUUACUUAUAGAAACUCUUGCAUACUCUGUUCUUAGUAUGCAAAAACCACCAGUAGGCUGUGCUAUUAUUACUGUAACUAAUAAGAUUCAAGUGCAUCUAUUACUACAGGGUUUGAUUGACUCAAAAAAAGAGUUAGAAAAAUUACAAAAGAAGAAAAGCCAAUUAAUUGAAAUUAUACAAAAAUUGAAACAGGAUUUAGCAGUACCCGAUUAUAAUGUAAAGGUGCCUCUUGAGGUUCAAAAGAAUAACAUGGAAAAAUUAGUCAAUAAUGAAGGCGAACUGCAGCGAAUUAUUGACGCAAUAAUGAUUUUGCAAGCAAUGUAAAAAGUAAAUCCAUUGAAAGUUUUGUAAACUCUGUAUUAUUUAACAGUAAAUAAUUUAUUUGAGUUUAUAGAAAAUUUAAUUAGAAAUGUUUCUUUUUCGUACACACACACUUUUUUUAACACAUUCCAUAUUGUGGAUUACCGGUGAUUCACAUUCGAUUUUCUGUUUGGACGUUUGGAUGUUUUAAUUA